GCUCGGCUCGGCUCCGCUCGGCCGGGCUCGGGAUGCUGCUGCGGGUGCGCGCUGCCGUGGCGCAGCUGGCGGCGGGGCUGGGCGCGCAGCCCCCCGCAGAAGCCCGGGGCGCCGGGGCCGGGGCCGGGGCCGGGGCCGGUCGGGGGUCGCCGCCGCCAGCCGCGUUCUGCCGGCCGGCGUUCCUGCAGCUGACUCCCGAGGAGCUGCGCCGCGCCGACGACCACGCGGGGCGGGCGGUGCAGAGCCCCCGCGACGGCCGCCGCCGCCUGCCCUGGAGCUCGGGAUACGCAGAGGUGAUAAAUGCAGGGAAGAGCCAGCACAAUGAGGACCAGGCAUGCUGUGAGGUGGUGUUUGUGGAGCAGAGGCCCAGCCCAAGGGGUUGGCUGUCAUCCAGGGAAGGCAGCGAGGAGCUGGAUGGGGGCAGGAAAGGUUUUUAUUUCCACUACUGGGCCUUGUUUGAUGGCCAUGCAGGCAGCGGGGCUGCUGUCAUGGCAUCUGAGAGGCUCCACCUGCACAUCUGUGAGCAGCUCCGGGACCUCGUGGAGAUAUUGCAGGACCCCUCCCCGCCUCCUGUCUGCCUCCCACGCGAGGCACAGACUGGUUCUGCAGAUCCAAACCAGAUGUCCUACGCAGAGGACCGCGGGGAGGUCCUGAACGAUGCUGUGCCACGGUUUCACCUGGAGAAAGCUGUGUCCCACGAGAGCCUGGUGAUUGGUGCCAUUGAGAAUGCCUUUAAGCACAUGGACGACCAGAUCGAGCGGGAGCGAGCAUCCCAGCACCUGGCCGGGGGGUGCUGCGCCCUGGCUGCCAUCUACCUCAUGGGCAAGUUCUACGUGGCCAACGCUGGUGACAGCAGGGCCAUUAUCAUCCGUAAUGGGGAAAUCAUUCCAAUGUCCAGGGAGUUUACUCCAGAGACAGAGAGGCAGAGACUGCAGUUUUUAGCAUUGCUGAGGCCCGAGCUGCUGGGGAAGGAGUUCACCCACCUGGAAUUCCCCCGCAGGAUCCAGCCCAAGGAGCUGGGCAAGAAGAUGCUCUACAGGGACCAGAACAUGAAUGGCUGGGCUUACAAAAAGAUAGAAGAGGAUGACCUGAAGUUUCCACUUAUCUUUGGGGAAGGCAAAAAGGCUCGGAUGAUGGCCACAAUUGGGGUCACAAGAGGCCUGGGAGACCACGACCUCAAGGUGUUCAGCUCCAACAUCCACAUCAAGCCUUUUCUGUCCUGCUUCCCAGAGGUGAGGGUUUAUGACCUCACGCAGUAUGAGCACUGCCCUGACGAUGUUCUGGUGCUGGGCACUGACGGGCUCUGGGAUGUCACCAAUGACGAGGAGGUGGCUGCUGUGGUGAUGGAGGUGCUGACGAGCUAUGAGCCCAAUGACCCAUGCAGGUACACCAUGGUGGCCCAGGAGCUGGUGGUGCGGUCUCGGGGGGUGCUGAAGGAGCGUGGCUGGCGGCUUGCCAAUGACAAGCUGGGCUCUGGUGACGACAUCUCUGUUUUUGUGAUCCCCCUGGGCGGCCCCGGCAACUACACAUGAUGCUGAAUGAGCCUGGGGCAGUGGGGCUCUCCUUGCCUGGAUGGAGACACUGGAGUGGGACACUGAGGCUGCCUCAGGGCCACAGCUCCUCUAAGCACUUGUUUUUUGGGACAACUGUAAGGAGAGUAAGAAACCUGGAGCCUCAGUCUGUGCUCCUGUCCAGAGCAUCCCCCUCCGCCUGCUUGUAUCCCAGUCCCAGGUGGAGAUGGAGAGGCCUUGGACAGAAUGUGAGCACUGCGGCUGAGGGAUGGUUUUAUGCUGCUACUUUCUCAAUGCUGUGAAAUGCCUGAAGGCUCCUUGGCUCUUCAUGUCCUUUGCUUCUUGCCAUGCCUAUGCUGACUGCAGCCCUGUGUGACAGCCACAGGGCUGCUGUGCGCUCAUACCUGCUGCAGUCACCACCCAUCUCCUGCCCUGUGAUGCUCUGGCCAGUGAGACUGAAGCUGCUGCUGGAGGUGGGAGCUGAGGCUCAGAUGGGAUGUGACUGGGAGUAAAGUCACAGGCAGCUGGGCAAUGCGGCUGGCACAAGUCCAGUUGUGGCCCCACAAUGGCCAUCCCAGCCUUGUGCUCCAAAUUUUCAGCCCCUCACACCUUCAUUCUGCCAUGGACUUUGGCUCAGUCUCCAGUCUUGGAGAUUGGAGCAGUGACCAAGCUCUGCCAUGCACCAGACCCCUGAGGAGGGAUAAGCAAUUGCACCAGCACUGGUUGUGCCACAGGUUCUACCCCCAUCUUCUCAUGUCUUGGAUCGCUGCAGUGCUUCUGGAGCCAGUUCUUUGUUAACUGGAGAGCUGAGCUGGAAAAUAUCUAAAUCCUUUCUUGGUGUGGAGAGUCUACGAAUGUAUGUCUAUAUUUUGGAGUGGUUCUGAGUUAGCAGCCUCACACAGAGCAGCCCUAUUCAGGUGAGCUUAACAGCUUAACUGCACUGGAUCAGCUUAGCCCAGGGUUGGGAGCCCACAGUAAAAGCAGCUUGGUGUGACCAAGGCAGGGAAAGACAGCUCCUGUGUUUUCCUCAGUGAUCUCAGAACUGGUGCAGAGGGGAGCUGAGCAGUUGAUCUCUGCACUGGAUUUUUGUAUCACACACAUCUCUAACCUGGAGCAUCCAUUUCCCAGACCUCUGCAGAGUCCUAAACUGUGAGGGAUUGCCCCAUCCUGGCAGUGUGGGGAUGAGGAGAGCUGGGCCAUGGUUCCUUGUCUGGGAAGGGCUCUGUGGCACCAGUAGUUUGUGUCCUAUCACUGGCUGCAGCCAGCUUUUGUCAAGUGUCACCUCUAGUGAAUGUUGUUUGUGUCCUGUAACCAGUGAGAUGUAAAUAAACUGGGUGCACACAAUGGAAAGUGAAAGUUAUGGAGGAUAUUUGAACCUGUUGGCAUCCCUGCUGAAGGGAGUGGUGCUGGGGCCGGGAGCCUGUCCUUGUGUAGCACUGUGUGUUUAAAUAAAGAUUUUGCCACUCACAGCCCUACUUCAAAGUCUUUCUUUGCAGAGCUCCUGCAAAGAAGACUUACCAAAAAGCCAAUUAGCUCUGAUUAAUUGAAGUAGGCAGGCAAACAGGGCUGCGCAGAGCCAUGUGUGCUGCUGUCCAUGUGCCCUUGGCACUGGUCAGAGCCCACGCAGCACCCCUGCAGCGCCCGUGGGCAGUGGAGCUGCUGGUGUGCUGCCAGGGGUUUGGACCCCUGGGUGUGGCUGGGAGGCAGCAGCAAUGGCCAGCAUGGUGGAAGCAGGGCAUCACACCCGGGAUGGAAGGGAGGAAAGGCUCGUGGUUUUCCUGUCUGCGGGGGAGGGAGUGGGGCAGGCUGUGCCUCUGAGGAAUGUGACUGUCCCUCUCCGGGAGUUCAGCCACUCAAGCAGCAGCUGCUUCUGCCUCGAGGGUGGGCUGCCUGCUGGAAACAUCCCCACAUCCCUCUGACGGCCACCUGGCACCCCUAAUACUCCUGAUGCUCUCUUCACACUUGUUUGCACAGCCCCGCUCCCCUGGCACAUUCCUUUUCACGCUGGUGGCUGAGAACUGGCUCUGCUUUUCCAGGUCACUGCCCGGCUGUUGGAUAAGACAACGAGGCAGUGGCUGCUGCAUUUAAAGCUUCCUCUGUGGUUCCCUUUUUUACUAAGGAAACAUUUCCUUUGGAACCAACUCCUGGCCUGGGGCUUGAUAAAUAAAGAAAAAUAGUCUGCAA